CUCCUCCUCAUCUUCCUCCUCCAGCAUGCUGCGCUCCUGUCUGCCCUCUGCUCCUCGUUUUCAUCUCAACUUGAACUAUCUGUGCAUUUAAUUUUUAAUGAUACACGUAGAGCUCGCUCAUUCCUGCUCUUCCACUCUCCUUCUUUCUCUUGCUCUCUCUCUCUCUCUCUCUGUCUCUCUCUCUUUAUCUCUCUACUCUCGGCUCCUCUCUUCGCCACCUGUUAGUUAGUCUCCUUCUUGCCUCCGCACUGGAAUCCCCCAUUUUUUUAUGAGGAGUUUCACACUUGUGCUAUCACUGAGCCCUAUGACUGUGAGAAAAGGAAAACGUUUAGCCAUCUCCAUCCAGGAGCACAUGGCCAUCGACGUCUGUCCAGGCCCCAUCCGUCCUAUCCGUCAAAUCUCUGCCUACUUCCCUCGUCUCUCGCCCACUUCUUCUUUCUCUGAGCCGCUAUCGCCCAAUCAGGUGGGGGCUCCCAGUGCUCUCAGCCCUGGCAGUGCAGGCCAGAGUGGAGGGGCUAUCGGAGUCGGGGGAGGAGGAGGUGGAGGAGGAGGGAGCAGUGGCCUGUUAUCGCCGCUGUUACCAGGGGCAGCAGGAGGAGGGGGCUCACUGUCUGCUAUGAGCAGCAUGGACACCUCCAUCGAGAUCGACAGCUGUGACAGCGACGAUAACACGUCCUUGGGGACACUAGAGUUUGACCUCCUGUAUGAGAGAGCCACCAGCUCCUUACACUGCACUGUCCUGAGAGCUAAGGGUCUGAAGCCGAUGGAUUUUAAUGGUUUAGCUGAUCCUUAUGUGAAGCUGCAUCUGCUGCCUGGAGCCUGCAAGGCCAAUAAACUGAAAACCAAGACUGUUCGCAACACGCUGAACCCUGUGUGGAAUGAAACACUCACCUACUGUGGAAUCACUGAGGAGGACAUGUACCGCAAAACGCUCCGAGUGUCCGUGUGUGACGAAGACAAGCUGACACAUAAUGAGUUCAUUGGGGAGUCGCGGGUGGCCCUGCGCCGUGUGAAGCCUGACCAGACCAAACACUUUAACAUCUGUCUGGAGCAUCCUCCUCCUCUGCCGUCGCCGACUGCGAUGAGUACAGCGCUGAGAGGAAUCUCCUGCUACCUGAGAGAGUGGGAGACAGAGCAGCAGAGGAGUUUAGAGGAGAGGGGUCGCUUACUGCUCUGUCUGCAGUACCUCCCACCGGCCACUGACGGCGAUCUGAAGGGCGAGGCCAAAGACAGGGCUCGUGGUGGACUGUGUGUGGGCGUCAAACGCUGCGCCCACCUGGCAGCAAUGGAUGUCAACGGCUACUCCGACCCCUACGUCAAAACGUACCUCAAACCAGACGUACAGAAGAAAUCCAAGCACAAAACAGCAGUUAUGAAAAAAACACUCAACCCGGAGUUUAAUGAGGAGUUCUUCUAUGAAAUCUCCUUCUCGGAGUUGGCAACCAAGACCCUGGAGGUCACAGUGUGGGACUAUGACUUAGGAAAGUCCAACGACUUCAUAGGGGGGGUGUCCCUAGGGUGCCACUCACAGGGAGAGACUCUGCAGCACUGGAUAGACUGUCUGAAGAACAAAGGCCAGAAGGUGGAGCGUUGGCACACGCUGACCAACGAGCUGCCAGGAUCCACACUGCAGGAAUGAACUGCUCUUCUUCAGCUGCACCGACAACCGGAGAGACUGCCUGAAGACCAGGGAUGAGAGACAUUCCAUCGCAUGCUCUGAGGAUUUUCUGCAUGACUAAAAGGGAUUCAAAUCCUACUUACUUUGUGUCACAAAUGAGUACAUGACAGCGGUCACAUUCAGAGAACAAUACCAAUCUAAAUAGACCUAAUGCAAAUGUGAGGAACUGCAAACCAGAAUGAGAAUAUGAGGAGGAGAAAUUUUCAUAAUCAUAUUCAUAGAGAUCCAUGUCUCUUUUGUUGAUUUAAUGUCACUCUAAAUACUCCUUUGCACCGGUCAGAUCUCAAUAAACAACAAGCAAAAUUGAAACCGUGCAAGAAAAUAUAAUGAGAGAGAAAGCUGACAUAUUCUGCUGUAUCUCUCUCAUGUUGCCCCUCAUUUUGCUUGCUCUUAUUAUUAAAUUUGGUAAUUUUCAUUAACCGUUGUCAUUAUAAGCUCACCGUUAUGACCGUGUGUCUCAAAGCGUACAUACCUCUCCCUUGCAAUAACGUUUUGCCUAAUGCUUCCGAAGAUUUCCAAGUGGUCUUAAUACUGUCACACAUUUUGUAUGUAAUGAUCUGAUUGCUACUGGAUCACCUGCAGACAGCACAACCUAAUAGGAUAAUUGAUUCUUCCACGUUAAUGGUUUGUGUCAGUUUUUUGCAUGUUUGGUGUUGGUCGAGCAAAGUAAAAGAAAAUAAUCUGCUGCAGGAUCAGAUGUUUCAUCAUUGUGAUGUUCCCACUACUCCUGAGGUGUGUUUGUUGUUCUGAUUAAAAAGAAAUGCAUUUUGAAUGAAUUUGAGGGUUAAAAAAAAAGAAAAAGUUUUUCUUAUUCACAGGUGUUUGAUGUGUCAGAUAAUACUGUGUCAGACUAUUGUUGAUGACACAUUGAUGUUCAUUUGGAUUCCCCUGAUUUGUACAGAGGAAAGAAGUAAUUAAGGCAGAAGUUUCACAGCUAAUGUUUUGUCAUCAGCCGUAUAUUUACUUUCUGAAUUGCAAAUAUGGACGGUGUGUAGAGCACAGUGUUGUUCUGCUAUCUCUCCAUGGCUGCUGCUGCUUCACUCUGGAUUGCAUUAACCAAGCAGCAGGUUUUAUCUGUGCAUUGCCCCAUGUGGCAUGCUGAAAGUACCAGUGGUGUUUAUAUGUAAAUAUAUAUUGUGUUUUGCUUAAUUUGGCUGUUUGUCAUUUGGGAUUUGACGUGUGCCUGCUUUUCUUCUUCUUCUUCUUCUUCUUCUUCUUCUCAUAAAACAUACGUAUUCAUUUACAUGCAAGCAUUUAUGAAUUUCUAUGAUUUUUGCUCCCAAGUGGCCUCUGAAUUCCUGAUGUUUACACGCAGAGCAGCUGAGGUCCAAUAAAGCCAAUACUGCCACCCAGC